AUGAAGGCUGUCAUAAUCUUAAUGUUAAUUGGUGCUGUAUCAGCUUGGGGGUGGGGCGAGAAAUUUAAAACCGGGGAGGGAAAGAUGCAGGCAGAUUCUCCCAGGGACCGCCCCAGUGGCAGUAGCCAUCACUUCUACUAUGGAGAUGUGCACCAUCACCAUGAAGGACACGAUCAUAGCUCAUCACACGAAUCCAAAUCAAGUGAAGAGGACGAUGAUGAAGAAAAACCUAUUUACUAUUUUUGUGUUGGAGAUGAUUUUGGCCCAUAUGAACACAUUUCUCCAGAGACAGGUCGUAUCACAGGGUUCCAUAUAGAUCUCAUGAAUGCAUUGUGCGAUGAGGCUGAUUUAAAGUGUUACUAUGUCAUGGAUCGCUAUGCCAACUGUUGGGAAACUGAAGGAGAUGUGGAAUUCCCUGGAAAAGGGCUUCUUGAUGAUUACUACUCUGCAUGUAUUGGCUACUGGCCUUAUCCUCGCAGAUUCAACAGUUUCAACUUCACACUUUCAUUCGCAAAGGCAGAUAAUGCCAAUGCUUUCUGGCUGAAGAGUCGAAAUGACGAAUUCAAAGAGGAUGAUGUAAAGGGAUUAAAAAUAGGUUUCAUCAGUGGUUGGUCUGUUAGCAAGCAAUGUCUGGCUAGAGAAACUGGAAAUGAUGUAAAUGACUUCACUUCAGUUUUCUUUGAGAGUUACAAAGAUAUGGUUGUUGCAUUGCGCGAUCAAAAGAUAGAUUUAAUGUUGGGGAGCAGGGACACGUUUGUUGCACCAGAUGACAUUCAUGUUGGUUCUAGCUUUGACUGCAGCUGGAAUAACAGAGGUCCAGCAUUUAUGCUGAAGGUGGGAAAUCCAUUAAUAAAGAAGCUUAACAAGGCACUGAGUAAUAUAAUCGAUGACGGCUCUUAUGGUAAACUCUGCGAGGAGGCCAACAAGCAAUAUUCUAGCCGUGGUGAAAUUCGGUGCUUGGAUUAGGUUGGAUUGGUCACAUGUAAUAUAAUGGGAUACAUCAACAUAGUAUAAACAUUUGCAUUCAUCACAGUUAACUAAGAGACUGACAGCUAGAUGCCUUACAUGCAUGGCAACAAUACUUUUAGACUUCACAUUUAUCCAGUCUUCUCUUCUAUCCACUUUACACAGAGAAAGUCUUAAUACUGACAAUUAGGAAUCAGAUCAAAGAACUGAAAAUUGUUUAACAUCCCCCUUUUAAGAACUGGGCUAUUCCUGAAGUCACCAAAAGUCCCCUUUCCAUUCUGCCAAUGUAACACUUCCCUUUUCACAUUAUAGCAUUGAACAAUUUAUAUUGUAUAUCUUUUAUAUUAUUAUAUUUUUGUAAUUAGCAUAAC